CCGUCAAAUCACGUGGUUUAUUGAUUGCCGUCUGUCAUUUACAAUGCGCUGAAAAUUACUAAUGCAUAUGCGUGUUUGCUUUUGUUUGCUCGCGGGUGCUUGCUUACGCAGUGUGUGAGUUCUGAUACGUUCGGUGGCGAAGUGCACGCGGUGCGCCGUGGUGCGCCGAAAGUGGACACGACUACUAUACGCGUGUAAUCGUAUCACGUAGGUUUGGAGGUUAUAUUUCAUUCUCUCUUUUGUGCUGUAUACACGCUAAUAAUAUCACGAUUCUGUUUGAGACACGUAUCGUGCAGACAUGUCAAGUGUCGGACAUGUGCAUUAAAAGAGCCUGUAAUUUUUUCAUGAACCAGAAGAUAGCGCACAUGAGUCACCUCUGACAAUAGGCAAUGUGGAUUGGUGCUUAUAGACAAAAUUCCAUGGAUCAAAUAUUUUACGAUCUUAUUCAUGAAUGUAAAUGUUUGGCACCUGGGGCACGGUUGACUUACGCUCUCAGAAAUCGUUUAGAGAAAUAUAAGAAGGAUGUACGAAGAGAGAUUGUAUCUCGAACAAAGGAUGGAUGUGCUCCUUUGUUCAUUGCCUGCAAGAGGGGUAGUGUUGAGAUUGUUGAGUACCUUAUUACUAUAUGUGGUGCUGAUAUUGAACAAAAAGGAAAAUAUGAAGUGCCCGACGAAAGGUCUGUUCAUUGUGUUACACCACUAUGGUGCGCUGCUGUUUCUGGAAAACUUACGGUUAUAAAAUGCCUUGUAUCUCAUGGAGCUGAAAUCAAUGCAGUUUCUGAUUCUGGAUCUACUCCUGUUAGAUCUGCGUGCUUCAUGACACAUUUGGAUAUCGUCUCUUACUUAGUAGAACACGGUGCCGAUAUAUUGAAAGCAAAUUAUAAUGGCGGUACAUGUUUGAUAAAUUCUGUACAAAGUGUAGAGUUAUGUACCUAUCUCUUGCAACAUGGUGCUGAUGUGAAUGCAACGGAUAUUCAAAACAAAACUGCCUUACAUUACGCUAUUCAAGAACAUAGACUUCAAACUACUAAACUCCUCUUAGAACACAAUGCAGAUCCUCAUCUUAAGUCUAGAUAUAAUGACGAUGCUCUCCAAACUGCCUGCGUUAAAGGAUCUAUUAGUAUAUUCGAAUAUUUAGUGGACACAGUAGCGUAUUCACCAGAAAAAUUGGCAGAUGCAAAUGAAUUGAUGGGAUCUACAUUUUUUGAUGAUCAUAACGAUACGCAUACGGCAUUGCGAUAUUGGCGAACAGCGAUGGCCAUUAGAAUCGCUCAUUCGGUUAACGGAGUGCCUCUACUAAAAAGACCUGUACUACCAAAAUGUGAGGCUUAUAGAAACGCUCGGGAAUUCGCCACUAUGGAAGAAUUGAAUACUAUUGCACUUGAUUUAGAUGCAAUUAGAAUACAAAGUUUACUUAUAUGCGAGAGAAUAUUAGGUCCACAUCAUAAGGAUACACUCUUUCGCUUGAUGUUUCGGGGUGCAUCCUAUGCAGAUGCGCUCAGGUAUCAAAACUGUAUAGAUUUGUGGUAUCGAGCAUUAGAGAUUAGAGUUGAGAAAGAUUCGAUUUUGUACACUGAUACCUGCUUCGCCGCACAAGUACUUUUGAGGCUUAUGGUGGAUCUGAAUGAAAAAACUUUGGAAGUGAUGGAUCGUAAUCAAGAUACACAAGAACCAAGAUUUCGCGAUGUAGUAGCGAUCUUUAAAUUACUCUCUAGUCAAUUAACAGAAGCUAGAGAGUUGUUAGAGAAACGUCCUGUACAUAAGAGACAAAAAGAUUGUUACGAACGGAUCCUGAAGUGCGUAACGCAUCUUAUUUACUUGUUAGUAGAAACAGCAAGAUCUGAAGACGAGAAAGAUCUAAUGCACCAAUUAGUCCGUGAUUUAGUAAAGAAAAAUCCAAGAUCUGUGUAUACAGGGGAUACACUGCUUCACUUAUGCGUUUCUAGUUUAAAUACUGUCAAUUCUAAUUAUUUUAAUCCUGCGGACGAUGUACAUACGAUCUUUCCACGCAUGGAUGUUGCUAAAUUGCUUUUAGAAUGUGGAGCAUAUGUCGAUGCAAAAAAUAUCUUACGCUCGACGCCUUUACAUAUUGCGAGUAGAGGCUGUAACUUUGAUAAUCAUCUUGUGAAAUUAUUAUUGGAUUAUGGCGCGCAUUUAGAUACACCAAAUAAAGCAGGCGAUACCCCAGCGCGAUUGCUAUCAUGCAAUCCAUUGAACAGAGUGAAACUUGUUAAUUAUAUCAGCCUUCAGUGUCACGCCGCGCAGGCUAUUUGUAAAUAUGGACUUUCGCGGACGGAUUUGCCUGUUACGUUACACUAUUUUCUAGAACUUCAUAAGGAAUGACAUUGAUAAUAAUGGUAUAAUAAUAAUAAUAAUAUUUUUUCAAAUACAAACAUUUUGCGCAUUGAGAACAACCAUACAAUGUAAUUUAUCAUAACCUAAAAUGUAUGUGUGACAAUAUCAAAGGAAUUAUGAAUGUAUAGCGAUGAUUUGUAUAUUAUGAUAAUUAUUAAUAUUCAUAAUUGAUUAAUAUUAAUUAAUUAAUAUUAAUUGUAAUCAAGUCAUAGGUGAAGCACACAUAAUAUAAAAUAGUGAGAUUUAUACUAAUAUCAGAAUUUUAAUUAAAGAAAGUACUAUUUUUAGAAUGCUAACUCCUAUUAAGUAUGAUCUAAGUUGUAAAUGCAGCGGUAGACAGGCUUAAGGUAUCAAACUGAAAAGACUGAAUGAAGAUUCUUCAAUGUGAACUAACUUCUCAGUUAGAUACUCUGCAAUAUGUAAAAUAUCGUUUUAAUACCUCUGUACGUUAACUCACGUGAUUUGACUGAUGAUGUGCUACGCACAUUAUUAUUAUCUAUAAAAAAAAAUGAAUGUUGAUAGCGACAGCUGGACAUAUGAAAAAUAUUUGAGUCUUCCUAGCUUUUCCAAACGCUAAGCACCAUUUUGAUAUGCUUAUCAUAGAGCAAUCCUUUUUUGCUCAUAAAGGAUGUUAAGCGAUAACUGGAAAAUUGUGAAGCAUGUACAGUUAUUGAAAUAUUAUUAUGCAACGAGGUGAUGUGGUAUAGGAUUUUCCGGUAUCUACUAAGCAAAAUUUGAAUAUUAACUCUAAAGACAAUUUGCGUUUAAACAUUGCCAUUACCAGCAAUGUGAGAUUGCUAGUUUCAGAGACUAGAGAAGCAGAAAUGCAUAAUUACCAUGUAGUAAAAAGAUGUAAAGUUAGGGUAGUGUUAAAGUUUAUCAGUUUUGCUAAUUAAUUUAUUUUUUAUCUUAGUUUUAUCUAUUUGAUCUAUAUUUUUAAGCGUGCUCUCGUAGUUUGCAAUAUACAUGUGUGCGUGUGUUCGUGCGCGUGUCUGUCUACUGUUUGUUGUGUGUGUGUGUGUGUAUGCAUUGAAACUAUUAAUAUAAAUCACACAAUGCUGGUUUUGAAAAAUGCAAUGUUAAAACUCUAUUGCGGUGCUAUAAAAAAAUGAGUUCUGAUAAUAUAAGAAAUAAAAUAAUACAGAACAAAUUAUUGUACAGACAUUGCUUAGAUUAUAGUAGGAGAGAAAUCGACUUGCUUUCUUUAUACUUUCUUUAUUCAUAUGUCUCGUGUUCGACUUAAUAUAAAGUACGCUAUAAUUUGUUACACAUAUUUGCAUCGUUUAUGAUUGGUAUUAAUAUUGAUUGGUUGAUACGUUAUUUGACAAAAAUGCCUCAUGAUAUAAAUAUAUGAUAAAUGAAUCACAUGAUAUAUCUCAUUAUAUAAUUUAUAUAUAGAAAUUUACAAUUACCAAAACAAAAAUUUAAUCAUAACAGAUUUAUUGAUUUAAAAUCGUCAUUAUGUCAUAUACUUAAGUAAAGUUGGUUUUUUACUUAAGUAGUACAUAAAUACUAAGAAUACGCUUAUAAAUCAAUUUUUUUCAUUAUUUAGUAGCAAACACAGUAGCGCAUCACAUACCACAUAUCUAACAUACAUUCUUUUGUAUGCUCAUAUUAUUUUAUUAGGCCAUUUAACGAUGUACGAAAUAAACUGAUAUUACAACGA